AUGAGCCAGUUUGUUCCUGAUUGGAAUUUAGAAGAUGGCUUCACAAAUAGUGAGGAUGUUCAUAUUCUUCCAAUGACAAGUCAAAAGAACCCAAUGGGGCGAGACAGCGAGAUCGCAGAGUUGCUAUGGCGAGAUGGGCAUAUGGUUGUGGGUAGCCAAACUGAUCAGGAAGGUUCUGGUAGAGGUAGUGAGUUUCAAGUGAUACGACGACAUGAGCUAUCCACCAGCUUGAUUCAGGAUGAAGAAACUGCAUCGUGGAUUCAAAACUCUCUUGAUCAUUCGAUGGGAAAAGAAUUCUGUUCGGAGUUCUUUUCUGAAAUGGCAGGUAGCAACUCAAAAAGCUUAGACAAGUUGAAUAGCAAUGCCAUCGUUGGGAAUGCAAGAUGUGUAACUGCCAACGGUUUUGAAUUCACCUCCUACAAGCAACAAGAUUUGAAACGAUCAGUUUCCCGCGUAGAAAAUUGUAAUGCUCUAAACUUCUUACAUUUUUCGAAGUCAUUGAGAGGCAAAUCGGAUGAGGAAGGAUCUAGUGGCUCGACUAAGGUCCAGCGAGACGAGUCUUCGACCCCAAUGAUGAAAAUUGGAUCAAGCAUUCAUGGAAGUAAUCAAAUUCCCAACGAUGUCAUCGGUAAUCAAUGCAAGCAAAAACAAGCAAGUGAAACUGCUAUUCUUUCAACAUUACCGACUUCGGUUUUUAGUACUAGAAGCAUAGGAGUCCAGGGUGAAAGUCAUCCAUGCCUAAAGAGGAAGCAAAGGGAUACUGAUUAUUCAAAAGAUCAAAGUGAGGAGACAGAGGAGUCACUGAAUGCAAAGAAGCAAAGCAGAAACCGCGCAGCUGAAGUCCACAAUCUAUCUGAGAGGAGAAGACGAGAGAGGAUAAACGAAAGAAUGAAGGCACUCCAAGAACUACUACCUCAUUGCAAUAAAACAGACAAAGCAUCAAUGCUUGAAGAGGCAAUUGAAUACUUGAAGUCACUCCAACUGCAAGUGCAGAUGAUGUGGAUGGGAAGUGGCAUGGCACAGAUGAUGUUUCCCGGCGAGCAACAAUAUAUUUCCGGCAUGGAGAUGGGGAUGGGGAUGGCUCAUGCUUCAGUUCCUUCAAUGCAUCAUGCAGUUCAUCUACCAAGUCUUCCAGUUGUUGGUCAUCAAUCUGUAAACCAGGCAUUUUUAUGUCCUACUGCAUCUUUUCAUGCAGUAAAUCUCGGAGACACAACACAAAGUGCCCAUUUGCAGGGAUCGCAGGUCUCAUUCGAUGGCUUUCGAUUGCAUUCGCAGGCUCGAGAUGAAUCUGUAUGCCUUUGGAUCGAAGGUGGAGCAGGAGAAUCCGCGAACAACAGCACCGAGUAG